UUUCAGCGGAAUUAAUAAAUAGCAAUGUUUAAAGGUCUCAUGGAGCAAGGUGGCGGUCCUGUCGCUAAAUGACGGUGAGCUGAGUGAAUCGCUGUAGCUUCACCAGCACGCUUUGUUCCGGCUUAAAUAGGCGUGACUUCCCAUCUUGAGCUUUAAAGCUGUCCAGUUGAGUACUUUAUCGCCUGUUCCUGGUCUUGGGAAGAGCAGCCCAUUUGGGUUAGCGUUCAGCUGCUACCGCUGACGUGUCGACCUGAAAGCUUUACGUGCACAUGAACAUGAGCUGUCAAACCGUCAGGAAGCUGUGCCUUCAGAAAACGUCUUAGUGUAACGUUUGAGCUCCUCGCAGGUGCUCAGCAUGGCAACGCCAAGUGUUUUCCACUGGAUGCAAACCUGCGUGGUCCUGCAGCUCUGCUUAUCUGACGUCCUGCUCGCAGCCCCGGAGACAAGCAGAAGUUACUACGAAACUCUGAAUGUGGAGCCAACAGCAACCGACAGCCAGAUAAAGAAGAGUUUCCGCAAACUGGCCAUAAAACACCACCCCGAUAAGAACAAGAGCGCCGAUGCAGAGAAGACUUUCAGAGAGAUUGCUGAAGCCUACAAGGUGCUCUCCAACAAGGAGAAGAGGAGGCUGUAUGACAGCGUGGGCCAUGAGCCUUUUCUAAAAAAUGAAGCCUCCGAUGAGUCCGAGGAUGAAGAUGAGGCGAGCUUUCCAUUCAGUUUUGCAGACCUCUUCCACGACUUGGAUCAUAGUCCCUUUGCGGAGGAGUCGUACUUCCACUGGAGCUUUCCUCAGGAUGGGGAGAACGAGGACGGUCCGUAUGAGCAUUACAGCUUUGCAGAGCCUGUCUUCAGCUUUUAUUUUGGGGAUGGAGAUGAAGAUGAAGAAGAUCACCACUACUAGAUGUCUGGCAUCUUCAACCUGUAUCCUGUUUGUUUGACUGUUUUAAUGUGUUGUCUUUCUGUUGACAAUAAAGUCUCCAUGUUGAAUUGU